AAUGAACAAAUUUGAACAUGCGAAAGCUAGGCCAGUCGAAUAGCUUACAACCAUGGACCUCAUAUAUUUCAAGGGCCGCAACCCAAUCAGCGAUGAGCUCUCAGCAACAUUAAUCAGAACACCAUGGGAGCUACCCUACACCCCUGCACAGAACUGAAAGCUGGACUCCAGGAAAAUAGCUCGAUGAUUUCAGCUAACAGAUCAAUAAAAAGGAAACAAAGAGAUCAACCUUGUUAUUUUGGAAUCCAAAUGAGAUGCUAGAUUACACAAUCAUAGAUGUCGAAGAGCACAAGGAUGCUACUACUAUUCCAGAUCCAGUAUCUGUAAGGCACACUGGAACAAUGCUCAAUGGAAUAGAUCAGACAGUAUAUUGUUUCUUUAUCUUUCUUUUUUUUUUUUCGUAAUUCAACUUAUCCUUUCCCUUUUCUUAACCAUGUUGUACUGAAGUUUGCCUUGGACUAAUCAUGUUAUCAGGAAACAAAGAGAUCGAGAUUGUAACACUAGAACCCAAAUGGGACGCAAGAUUGCACCGUCAUAGAUGUGGAGGAGUACAGGGAUGCAACUAAUAUUGCAGAUAUAGUGUCCGUAAUGCACACCGAGGCAAUGCUCAAUAAAAUUGACACUAUGGUGUUGUGUUUUCUUUUCUUCUCUUUCUUUCUUUCUUUUUUAAUAAUAGCCACAAAACAUCAUGUCUGUGUUGGUAUCCUGAAUUGGAAUUCUGUAGAAAGUUGAGAUGAAAGAUGUAGCAGAGGAACCUGUUAGAGAUGGAGCCAGAAACACAGCUGGAGACGCAUUGAGCUGAGUCAGAAAACGUGUGAAUUUAUUCUCGAUUUAUCUCUUGAUUAUAAACUUCCAAUUUGUGAUUAAUUUGUAAUUGAUUUGUAUUUAAUCAUGAUGUAAAUUCCAAGCCUAUAUAAAGAGGGCUGUGGAUACAACAACUACACAGCACAGCACAGUGCAGAGAGAGCACAGAGAGUGCUGAGAGGAAGAAGGGAGGAAGAGAGAGAGAGAGAGAGAAUUGUAACAUAUCCGGCGAGUUAGUGAAUAAUUUUGGUGUGUGCUCCGUGGACGUAUGUCAUUUUUUACCGAACCACGUAAAUUUCUUGGUGUCACUUUCUUCUGGAUGCUCACAGGGUCCUAACAGAACUCAUUUUGGAUAUUGAUAGCUGUGAUAUGGGAAACCCACUUGCAGUUGUUGAGUAUGUAGAAGAAAUUUAUGCUUACUAUAGGGAAAAUGAGAAUUCAGGUUGUAUCUCUUUAAACUAUAUGGCACACCAAUUUGAUAUCAAUUACCAGAUGAGGGCUAUCCUUAUUGACUGGCUUAUUGAGGUGCACUGCAAGUUUAAGCUCAUGGAGGAAACUUUGUUCCUUACCAUCAAUCUUAUUGACAGGUUCUUAGAGUGCCGAGCAGUGGUCAGAAAGAAGCUUCAACUAGUUGGAGUUAUAGCCAUACUACUAGCAUGCAAGUAUGAGGAGGUUUCUGUCCUGGUGGUGGAGGACAUGGUUUUAAUUACAGACGAGGCUUACACAAAAAAGGAAUUCUUGGAUAUGGUAACUGAUUUUUCAUUGCAUUUUCCAAGAAUUUUGAAUAAAAUUUAAGUUUAAGGUUCCAUUUAGAUCAAGAAUUUUAUUCGAAAAAAGGAAACGAAAAGAAAAUAAGGAGGUAUGAUUUUUCAUUGUAUUUUCUUUUGAUGUUAACUUUUAUUAAAAAUGAAAGUUUAUUUUUAUACAAUUGAAAAUUAAGAAAAUAUAAAUAUUAAUUAUGUAUACAAUUAAAAUUUUGUUCAUAAA